AUGUUUUCUAUUUUAAUUUCUGGGACUCCUUUUUUUCUGUUCUUUUCUGUUUUUCAAUUCUGCUUCAAAGAUUUCUUUGUCCUUUCCUAUUUUCGUUUCUUUCUCAACUCUUUCUUUCUUUCUUUUUUUAUCCCAAUUUUCUUUUGUGUCUUAUUUGUUGACAAUUCUCAACGGUCUUUUCUUUUUGGUCAAUUAUCUUCUCUUUCUUUCUUUGUUCUCCAUUUCUUGUUUUUAUGCCUUCUUUUUUUGUUCGUACAAAUCUGCCAUUCUUUCGGCAUUUAUUCCCUGUCGCUGUUGUCAUUCCUCUAUGUAUUUUUCUUAUCUUUCUUUUUGUCUUUUCUUUUACGCGUGAACACUUUUGAAAUUAUUCCCUCUUUGGUAUUUCUCUCCUAUGCUUUUUUUUCUCUGUCUGCAUUUUUGUCAGUUCUUCUUUUCUACUUUUCUCUGUUUAACUGUCUCUUCUUUAUUUGCCUUUCUUCCAUCUAUUCUUAUCUCUCUGUUAUCUUAUCGCUGAUCAUUUUAUGUUGUUAUUUCUGUCUGUUCUUAUUCUCUUGUUUAUUUUCUGUCUUUAAUUACUGCGUUCUGUAUCUGUUGUUUUGUUGUCUGUUUAAUUCAUCUUUUUCGUCUGUUUUCUCGCUUUUAUUCCUCUUUCUUUUCUGCUUCUCUUUACCUCUCUUUUAUCUUUUCUUUGGUUCACUCAAUUUUCUUCCGUCUUCAUUUUAA